AUUCCUUUUAGCAGUUUAAAAUAACAGAAAACAUAGCUGAACUUUGCACAUGAAAAAUUUCACUGCAUGUACUUUUUUUUGUUUGCUUUUUAUAACAGCUAGACCCAGGGCCACACUGACAGCAGAAACAACAACCAUACCAGUAGGAGGCAGUGUGACACUGACCUGCUCUGUGCAGAACUCUGUUGGAUGGAAAUAUCAGUGGUACAGACGUACUCAGAGAACCUCUGAAGUUCUGGUGGAUCCAGUUAGAACAAAUGAUGAAAAAAACAGAGUUAUCAGUGUAUCACAAAGAGGAAUCUACCGGUGCAUAGGAAGAAGAGGAAAACCAGAUUACUACACUGAUCUAAGUGAUUCUGUCACCAUUGAGAUAACCUUUUCCAAUGAGGCUGUUCUAAGACGACAACCAGACUGGACUCAGAUGUUCAGAGGUGAAAGAAUCACUCUGACAUGUGAGGUCCAUGGAGGUGAAACCACCAAGUGGGUGUAUGACUGGAGAGGACCUGGGUUAAAUGUAGACUGGAAAGAUGAGAACUACGUCACAUUUAGAGUUUCAGAGUCCAGCAGUGGAGCCUACAUGUGUAGGGGUAGACUCAGAGAUGACUCCUAUUCUUCAACUGAGUGGAGUAAAGCCGUCACUUUGUCAGUAUCAGCAGAUAAACCCAAAGCUGUCCUCACUGUGUCUCCAUCAUGGCUGAGUCCUGGAACUUCAGUAACUCUGAGCUGUGAGUGUAAACAUCCGUCUGCAGGAUGGAGGUUCUACUGGUAUCAGGCUGUUCCUGAUCUAUCAGGAACCUCCUACAGUUAUGAGCUGCUGCCUGGUAGCAUCAACGGGACUGAACAAGAUUCCUUCAUUAUUCAUGGACAGACACAGACAGCAGGAUUUACAUGUAGAGCUGGAAGAGGAGACCCAGAGUAUUACACUGAUUACAGUGAACCUAAGUUUGUCUGGUCUGGAGAUCUUCAUUCAGCAGCGUCUCUUACAGUGAAUCCUGACACAGUGCAGCACUUUGUCUCUAAAUCUGUUUCACUGAGCUGUGAGGGAAACUCCACUAAAUGGAGAGUGAGAAUGCUCACUGGUGAUGGCAUCCUGCUCCACUGUUCUGUCUUUGGAACAAUGAGUGGAUCAACAUGUAAUGUUAAUUUGAUGCUGUACGGUACUGUAGUGUACUGGUGUGAGUCUGGAUCAGCAUUCAGCAACGCAGUCAACAUCACUGGACAGAGCUCCAGUCCUGAAAGCUCCUCAUUUACAGUCCCGUUGCUCAUUGGGCUGUUUAGUGGAGUUUUCCUGACUAUGAUCCUGGUGCUUCUACUGCUGUGCUGCUGCAGACAGAUAAAGGAUCCACAUUGUAACAGACUCUCUCCGUCUCAGAACAUGAAUCAAGCCUCAGCUGCACUGCAAACAGUAAACCAGAAUGAAACUCAGACUUACUCAUCUCUUCUCCACGGUGAUGCUUCUGCCUAUGAGACAAUCAGACGUUCUGGAAAUUCUGGGAGUGAUGAACCAGCCCACGACUACAAUAAUGUCACACCAGCUUGAAGGUCUUAAUAAGAGCAGUCCAUAAAAUCAAGUGACUGUAUGGCAGAAGAAGAGACUGAGUGACAACAAUGUGAAAAGCAACGUUCACGUUUAUGUGUUGGACAACAUUUGUACAGUUUUCUUUUAUUUUAUACACUGCCUGUACGAAAAAAGUCACCACCUAGAUUUAACUAGGCAAAUAGAUUAGAGCCUUCCACUGGAUAAUUACCUUUCAGCUGCAACAACUUAUUUAACCCGAGCUGAUGCAGUGAGGAAUUUCUUAUUUCUUAAAAAACCAUGUCGGAAGACAUAUCCUGUGGUCAUAGAAAGGAUGUUAAUCUGUUUCAGAAGGGUGAAAAUAUUGGACUGUAUCAAGCAAAGAAAACAACUAAGGAGAUUUCUGAAAGUACUAAAAUCAGGUUAAGAGCCGUCCAACGCAUUAUUGAAACCUGAAAGAUAGCGGUGAACCAUCAUCUUUGAGGAACAAAUGUGGUCGGUCAUGUGAUCUGAUGAGUCCAGAAUUACCCUGUUCCAAAGUGAUGGGAGCAUCAGGGUAAGAGAGGCAGAUGAAGUGAUGCGCUCAUCAUAGCUAGUGCCUACCAGGCUGUGGGGGUUAGGGUUAGGUUCAGCAGAGUUGUGUGCCCUAAAAAUGAGGUCAGCUGACUACCUGAAUAUACAGAAUGACCAGGUCUGUCCAUCAAUGGAGUUUAUCUUCCCUGAUGGCAUGGGCACGUUCCAAGAUGACGAUGCCAGGAUUCAUGGGGAUCACACUGUGAGUGAGUGGCUCAGGGAGCAUGAGACGUUCUUUUCACACAUGGAUUGUCCUCCACAGAGUCCAGACCUCAGCCCCACUGAGAAUCUUUGGGAUGUACUGGAGAAGACUUCACGCAGUGCUCUGACUCUCCCAUCAUCAAUAUAAGAUCUUGGUGAAAAAUGAAUGCAACUCUGGACAGAAAUAAAUGCUGUGACAUUUUAGAAAUUCAUUGAAAUGAUGCCACAGUGAAUGUGCUGUUUUCAAAGCUAAAGUUGGUCAAACUAAAUAUUAGAGUGUGUGACUUAUUAUUUUUGGACGGGCAGUGCAUUAAAUAAUUAUGAUCUGGAUUUAGUUUCUGCAUACUUGCAUAUAUGGCAAAACUGCUGAUACUGCUUUUGUGUUUGUGCUGAUGUGGUAUUUGAGAUGUCUAAGACCAUAUAAGUAAUGGUAUUAAAUAGAAGAGUCAGUGCUGCUCAAUUCACAAUCAACAGAUUUUUUUUGUAUAUUAAUGAAGCCAUGCAAAAUUUUACCUUCAUAUUGUACACAUUUUCUGAGUUAAAGGCCCUUGAAGUACAUGGAGAAGGUCUACCAUUUUUUUUCCUGUUGAACAUGUUCUUUUUUUUGCAGCAUUCCUUAGCAAUGGAACCAAAUCAAUUUUACAUCAAUGUCAGGUGUCACAAAAGCCAAAAUCUUGUUCAUGUUCAACACAGUUUUUCUAUAAUCAACUUUGAACAUGGUUAUACCAGCAUGUAGGCUAGGUCGUUGGUCAAAAUAAGUUGUAAAAUAUGAAAGGUGUCACUUUUAUCAUCAUUUGGAUUCCAGGCUUAUCUUCUUAGAUGUAAAUGUUUCACAUAUAGUGCAAAUUUUAACAUCAGAUUUCAGGCCAAGAAGAUGAACGUAAUACUUACAGUGGAAGUGAUAUCGCUUAUCAUUAUCAGAAAUUAGGUUAACUUGCUGUUAUUGUUCAGGGCAGAGAGCGUCAACGGCUAACUAGGUGUUGCGUUAGCUGGCUAGCUCGCUGGAGCUAAACUCGGUAGCUCGCGUUAAUUUAGCAAUGCCUCGUUUCAAAUUCUUAGAAAAAAGUGCUCCCCUUUGCGGGAACACCAACAAAAACUGUGCCGUUAAUUGCCGAGGUAAUUUAUCGACAGCUGCUGUGUAAAUUUGGCACUUUGCUUGAAGGCUUGCUUGCCUGCCUCCCUGUCUGCCAGCUUUUCCUGAAUUUUAUCUGAUAAAAAAUUGUUCUUCCUCAGAGCUUAAUGUGUGUACUUGUAUAUAUUUAUUCUUAGGUAUAUGAAGAGCAAUGUGCAGACUAUGAGGAUACAGUAAGGUUAUACUGAGAGUUUAUUCUUUAUAUAAAUCAAUGAACAAAAGCUAUUUUAGAGAAAUGUCAUAUAAUCUAUUGAUUUUACAUUUGGCUGCAUCUCUUUUUUUCUUUUAUUACAUUCCAAGUUUGUAAUAAAGUGAACUCAACAGUUGUCGCUGAAUUUCCUAAAACAAUUGCUGAAAAGUUCACCAUUACAUCUCUGCCUACUUGUUUAUUUGUAAAGGCUUGUUCACAUCUGAGACAACUGUUGUUUCAUUGACAAUAAAACUGCUACAGAACAGUGCUUUUGUAUGUAAUGUACGCUUUCUGUAACUUUCAUGAUUAAAUUUUUACUCCCA